UGACAUUACUAUAUGUGAAAUGGGAUUUUGCUAAUUUAGUAAAAAAAAAAAAAGGACACUGAUUGCCUCAGUGGUUUGAGUUAACAUCUGGAGAGGAAAGAACCACUGAAAAGUAACAGUAUUUAGUCUUUUCCAAAGCAAAAAUCUUGGACUAUCUAACUCAUGUUUUUUUUUUCCCCCUCUUCAGCCAGACGCCAUAUGCACGCCUUCACCAGUCGACCCACUUUUGACUGGACAGACUGCGCUGCCUCUGUCAUUAGUCUGUGUUUAUCACAGGGUUUGAAAAGCUCAAGUUUAUCUCCUAACAAGCUAGUUUACACUCGAUUGUAACGGUAAUCGUCCAGCACACUCGAGUGAACAUGUAGAGAUGGAUUUUAUGAAGCUGUUUGGCACUGUUAUCGCCGUUUUGUUCCACCCUGGAUCCGCUUCUAAAAUAAAUGGCCAAAGGAUCUGUCGGCGCGGCACAGAGCGGCCAUGCUACAAGGUGUCCUACAUUCAGGACAGCAGGCGGAGGCUGACCUUUGAGGAUGCCAGGCAGGCCUGCAGGCUGGAUGGAGGCGAGCUGCUCAGCAUCGAAACUGAAAGUGAGCAGCGACUGAUGGAGAGGUUCAUACAGCAGCUGCAGGCUGGAGAUGGAGACUUCUGGAUCGGGCUCCGCCGCAGCCCACAGCGCUUUAAGGCAGGAACCACAAGCCCAGGUUGCCCCUCGCAGUACUAUUGGCUGGAUGGAAGCAAGGCCAAGUUCAGGAACUGGCAUUGGGAUGAGCCAUCGUGUGGUAGUGAAAUGUGUGUGGUUCUGUACCACCAGCCCUCUGCACCACCUGACGAAGAAGGUCAUUUCCUGUUCCAGUGGAAUGAUGACAACUGCAACUCCAAGAACAACUUUGUGUGCAAAUACCCAGAAGAAAACGUACCAGUAUUUACUGAGGAAGGGAACACAGCACAUGCAGUUCCAUCUUUGAGGCCAAAUGUAUUCUCAACUACAGAAAGUGAUGAGAGGGUAAAAAUAAGACUACCUGAGUCAUCAGUAUCUCUCUCAGACAACACCUUGUAUGUCUCCUACAUCCUUUAUGCAACUAUUCCUGCUCUACUGCUGCUGCUGUUUGCAGCUGCUGGGUUCUUCUGCUACAAACAGCACGCUAAGAGGAGAAAGACAGAAACACAAGGCUAUCCCAGCAGAUCAAAACCAUUGAUGUCAACAACAGCUUCACCUUACGCCGUGCAAGGACCUUACGCCUUUAGUGACAUUACUAAACUUCCUCACACUGCUCUGGACAGCAGCAGGCCAGCCGGCAUCAUGACAAAGUACCCUUGUGCUCCAUCCCAGGACUCCCAGUGUGAUGAUUAUGAGAAUGUGUCAUGUGCAGACAGGGAGAGCGGCUUUGUGACCAAUGACAUCUAUGAAACCUGCAAAGCUCAGAGCCGGCGCUGCCGUAGUCAGACUGGUUGGGUGGAAAAUGAGAUCUAUGGAUAACGCUGUUGAUGCCCAUCUGUUCAAACGAAUAUAACCCAGCUUGACAGAGGAACACAAUGUUCUCCAUCCCUUUCUUCCUGUACACCCGACUGGUUACUUGUGUGGUGCAGGAUUACUGAACACGUGGCUGUAUCGGCCUCGAGCCUGAGCAUCCAGCAUCCAAAGCUGCAGUCAGAUUAAUGCUUAAAGGAGGAAGUUGUCUACUGAAACUCCCUAUUUAGGCCAUGAACUUCCCCCUAACCCCAGCAGUCGAGAAUUUUCAAAAUGUCAAUCAAAUUGUGGAUCUCAGCAUGGCAUACCUUUGGAUGCAGGAGUAAUUGAUGGGUUUUAUAAAAAAAUAUAAUAUAUUUCAAAUAUCAUUAAUACUUUUUAUUAUUAAACAAGAGUUUACAGCCAUGCUGGCAGCUCUGUGAGCUAAAUGUUUACAAUGUUCACCAUCUUAGUUUAGUGUGUUAACAUGCUACCAUUUGCUAAUUAGGACUAAACACUAAGCUAAGGUUGAUGGGAAUGUCAUUUGUUUUCCAGGUAAUUGGUUAUAAACCAAAGUAUUAAAUAAAUUAAAAGUUUGGGGAUCAUCAAUACUUGUUGAGACCACAAAUGUCAACCUUAUCCCACAUAGCAAACUUGUUCUGGCCCAUUGAAGGCCCACACAGUCCACUUACAUUCGGCUCAAAUACAGCAAUUAGUUAUUUUCCACAGGUGGUCCAGAAUUGGGCCCAUAACAUAGCCAUAUGUCAACCAACUGUCACACUACAGUCAUGUGGAGAGAAAAGGUUUAAUAAGAAAAUAAUAAAAAACAAAACAGGAAAAAGAGUGCUGAAUCUUGUCAGCUACGGUCUCACAGUUGGCUGAGAUAUAGCUAUGUCAUGGGCCAUAGGUGUUAUGUGGGAUGGUGGCAUUAUGUCAUUGUGAUACAUAAUCCCGACAAAUUAUGUAACUUCACAGUAGCUUUCAAAGAGGCAUUAAUGACCUUGAAUAAGCGGAAAUGAGUCAGGUCAGUGCUACAAUAUUUGGUGUGGUGAUUUGCACAUUUAACCCCGGGAAUAUAAGUGCAAGUUUUGAGAACCCACACAAAGUUACUCAUGUUGUAAACAAUCCAAAAUUAAACUGCUCAGCCAGUUUUCCAAUCACGUCAUCAUAUUAUGACACACAAGGACAAAAAGAUCCUGUUGGCUCUCUACGGCAGUGGAGUUGUCCUGUUUAGGGACUAUUCUGACCCUUUCUCGAAACCUGAAGAGUGGUGUCAGCCCUGUGAAAGGCUUCCUGUUUGGACUCUGAUGUCAGGGAAAAGGACAGUACAUGCGGAAACAAUGAUGACAGAACUCUGCUGACCCCAGUAAACCUCAAAGCUGUGUGCUUUCCCGACCGAUUGUGUGAGAAACUCAACCCUCCCUCUGACCUGACAGUACGGAGACUUUUUAGGAGUUUGGAAUAUGUCACAGACUCAUUCAGCUGUGUGUUUACUUGUAAAAACAUAUGCCUGCCUUGUAAAUUUGUAAAAUAAAAGUGGAUAUACAUUACUGAACACAAAUGCCUGUGCUAUGUGUACUGAGUGGGCUGUUGGGUCGGUGUCUUGGAAAGAUGUAGCAAGCCCAGUAAGGAGAGGCUGAGUGUGUUCUUGGAGAAUGUUAGACAGGAAAUGCCAAAAGCACAUCUGGAACUCUUACAUUCAGGAAGUCUGUGCGUGACAGCGGAGGCCUUCAGAGCGAAGCUCUGCCUGCCCGCUUAGUAAUCCACUGUUCUGUGUUAGACUGUCAUUGCAUGAGCUGAAGAGAACAACUGCUGGGUGCUGUGUCUCAAACAUGACGUGAUUUUUUGGGGUGUAUAAAAAUAAAGUAUCUAAAUCAAGUUUGGAUCCAAA